GAUCAUAUAAAUAUAUUUAUUAUUUCUCACAAUUUAUUAUAGUCCUCUUGUAAAACUCCAAGGUUUUUUUAAAACAUAAUAAUAAUUUUGUAUUCAAUUAUCUUAACACAAGUUGUUUGUUUAUUAAGUGUAGUGACCACCUGUUUAACCAUUCAGUUAUGUACAUUUUAUCAAAACAUUGUUUUAAGAACUGUUCUGUUGUGAUUCUAUUCUGUCAAUUAUUUUUGUGCAUCAUUUUUGAUUUCCUCAACCAUAAUAAAACAAACAAAUACAAGAUUGAUAUCCAAGUUACUGUGACUAAAUUUGAAAUAUAGUUUUACCAUUAUCUAAACUAACUGACGAUACAAGUUCCACGAAAACAAUAAAAAACUGCGGGUGUCAAUCAAUUAAGUGUUAAACCCACAACAUUACAAUAUAUAACUCUUGCUUUGGCCAAGGUAAUACUUGUCACGGACCUUUCUCAUGGGGCUGGACUAAAUUUUCAUGAGAAACAAUUUCUUCGGCAAUCGUACCCCAAAUGAUUAAAAACAUAAACUCUUCAGUUGAAAGUUGAUAAAGUAAAAAGCAGUGGCCUAUUUAAGCACAUGGGAGAUGAGAUCAUGAAUAUGUACACAAUACACCAGACAGAUACUCACUUUGAACUGCAAACUGUUGAUCUUGAAAAAUGGACAACGAUUAUCGAGCUAGAAACGAAAAUGUACGAGCAAUAGCAUUUAAUAGCAUUCUGGCAGCAUGCGACCAAAAUGAAGAAAUUUAUUCUAAUGAGCCGAGACAAGAAAAUGCAGGAGCAAGGCAAAACAAUGUACAACCUGCUCAAAACAAGCGGCAUUCUCAAAAAUUUUGGAAGAUAUUUGCAUCCAUUAUAUUUGUGGUGAUUAUAACAGUUAGUGCUGUUGUUAUUCACUACACCCUUGCAAAUAAAGCUGCAGUGGAUUGUACAAGCACUACAUCACAGAAUUCAGGGGAUAAAGUUACAACCACAACAACUACCAAUGCUCCAACAAACACUGGUACCUAUGGAACAUUAACCAACCCAGCUCUCUCGUGCCUGGAUAUAAAGAACACAUCAGGAGUGACCAAUGAUGGAUAUUACUUCCUACAACCAAGCGGCACUGUUGUACCAUUUCAGGCAUUUUGUGACAUGACAACAUCUGGUGGUGGUUGGACAUUAGUAGCAUCCGUUCAUGAGAAUGAUAUUAUUGGAAAAUGCACAACUGGAGAUAUGUGGUUCAGUAAUGACCUACCACGAUACUCACUAUUUUCAAGGAACUGGGAGAACACAAACUUAUUUGGAAAAGCAGACAAAGCCACUUCAGCUGAUUAUAAGAAUAUUGGAUAUUCAUCUAUUAAGGUUUGAUAAUAAGCUGUUAAUUAUAAGU